AUGUUCAAAAAGAAGCGUCUUUAAAAAAAUUUGCUGAAUACAUAAAAAAAUUGUUUUCUAAAUAAGAUUUCAAAAAUCAAACUAGACAAAAUGCUUAAUGAAGAUUUUUGGGAAGUCUAUGGUAAUAAUGAAGAAAUUGACGAUUUUGAACACUCUUCAUUGGGUAGUUUUCAAUCAUUCGACUUAGAAGAAGAUUUUGUAAAUAAUGAAAAAGACAAUUUAACAACGGCAACAAAUGAUAAACUACCAAUUAUAUCGUUAAAGAACGGUGAAACUUCAAUUAUUGGAUGCCGUUAUUUAGACCUCAUGAACCACAGUUCUUUGAAUGUUUAUAAUGAGAAAACGUUUGUUUGUAAAACAUGCAACAAAUCUUACAAACGUAAAUCUAGUUUAGCAACACACUUAGUUACUCAUACAGAUAAUAAACCAUUUACUUGUUUAGAAUGUGGCAAAAAAUUUUUAAGAAACUCUGAUCUGAGGAAACACUCUGUCAUGCAUACUGGAGAUAAACCAUACUCGUGCAACGUAUGUUGCAAAUUAUUUAGCCAAUCUUCAAAUAUGCUGACGCAUCUAAGAAGACACUCUGGAGUAAGACCUUUCUCAUGUCCAGUUUGUGAAAAAAAGUUUUUUCGAAAAGUUGACGUUUCUAGACACUUGAAAAAACAUAGCAAUGUGUUAACGAAGCAGCUAGUAAGCAAAACAUGAUAUAUAUAUAUAUAUAUAUAUAUAUAUAUAAUUUUUUAAUUUAGAAAACAAUGUGAUAAAAUUUAA